GGCGAGGAGGCGCCGUGGGCCUUAGGGUGUGGCGGACUAGCGCCGCUGGAGGGGGGCUCCUCUCCAAGCUCCCGCCCCUACCUCGCCUGUUCCCGCAGCUCCGGGGCCCGCGGGAAGGACCUUUGAGCGAGCAGAGAGCUGGGCGCGGGCGAGAUGGCCCUGGUGCCCUAUGAAGAGACCGCGGAAAUGGGGCUGCAGAGAUUUCACAAACCUCUUGCCACCUUCUCCUUGGCAAACCACACGAUACAGAUCCGGCAAGACUGGAAGCAACUGGGAGUCUCAGCGGUGGUUUGGGACGCGGCUGUCAUUCUGGCCACGUAUCUGGAGAUGGGAGCUGUGGAGCUCAGGGGCUGCUCUGCCGUGGAGCUGGGUGCUGGCACGGGGCUGGUGGGCAUGGUGGCUGCCCUGUUGGGUGCUCAUGUGACUAUCACGGAUCGAAAAGUAGCAUUAGAGUUUCUUAAAUCAAACGUUCAAGCCAACUUACCUCCCCAUAUCCAGCCCAGAGCUGUUGUUAAGGAGCUGACUUGGGGACAGAAUUUGGGGAGUUUUUCACCUGGAGAAUUUGACCUGAUACUUGGAGCUGAUAUCGUAUAUUUAGAAGAAACAUUCACAGAUCUUCUUCAAACAUUGGAACAUCUCUGUAGCAACCACUCUGUGAUUCUUUUAGCUUGCCGAAUUCGCUAUGAACGGGAUCACAACUUCUUAGCGAUGCUUGAGAGGCAAUUUACUGCAUAAUCACACCAGCAGAGAAGAAUGGGAAAGGAGAUAACAGUAAGAGUUUUGGAGGCUGGAAAUGGAUGAAUGGUAAUGAACUUGGAAAACCUCAGAAGGCCAACUCAUGAGGCAGAGGCAGGGACAGACUGAUUUCUGCCACAAAGUCCUUAAGAGGCUCAGGAUCUAAGGCACCCCAGAAGGUAGAGUGAAAGGAGAGGCUGAAAAUAAGGAAGGCUGAUUGAAGGUCUUUGAAAAGCAAUUGGAUCCCCUCUUCAACUCUCUGUGGAAGAAUAACUAAUCUAUACCCUAUGCUGACAGAAAAAUGGAGGUUUAUUUUCUGGAUAGAAGGUUUCUUGACUGCCUAACACCAGGCACUGCCGAGGUGGGGUACUAAGCCCCAGUCCUCUUCCCUCAUCUGGCUCAAAGGUCUUCACCUAUAAGCAGAAGAUUAGUAAAGCUUUUCUCUGCGAACCUGACCAACACUAAAGGGAGAAGACAGACUUAAGAGAUAAUGACAGUGGGAUGCCACAAUCAUCCUACCGUGAAGCUCACAACUCAUAGAUGUUAGGCCCCAAACAGAUCCACAUAACUUCCAAUACAGGUUUUUGGUUCCCUACUUUUAAAUGUAGGCAGAAAACCUCGAGUUAUCAAAUAUUCAAGGAAAUCUUCUGAUAGGAAAGAUGGUGACCAAAACAGAUAGAAGGGAGAAAAGGUACAUAGAAGAAAAUCUUAGAUGAAAAUCUAUGUGGAGAAAACUUAAAACUUAAUAUUAUCAGAGGUAAGAGAAAAUACUGCCUUUGUGAAACAUAAAGAGGAUGCUAUUAAAACACAAAAGGACUAUUCAGAGACAAAGGGAACUCUUGGAAACAUGACAGCAGAAAUAAAAAAAAAUCUGACAGAUGGGUUGAAAUGUGAAGUUGAGAAAAUCUCCCAGAAAGACAAAGAGACAGAAAACAGGAGAGAAAAGAUGAGAAAAUCAGAGAAAUAGUCCUAUAGAUAUAAUAUCUGGAUCACAAGAAUCCUAGAGAGAAAAGAGAAAGAAGAAAAAAAAAAAAAUCAUCAACCAAAUAAAGAAAUUGCCCAGAAUUGAAGACCCGAGAUUCCACUAAAAAAAAAAGCCCACUGAAUACAACUGCACAAUGGAUGAAAACUGAUACAAACCAAGGCCUUGAUAAUGAAAUAGUGAAGCACUGUGAACAGAGAGAUUUUUACAAGAUAACAGAGAUACAAAGUAAGAAAUGGAUUUAGUCUUUUCAAACAGCAACACUAGAAGUUGACUGUGGAUUAAUGCCUUCAAAAUUUGAAAAAAUGAUUUCUUUUCCAAGAAUUCUUUACCCAGUCAAACUUGCUCAAGGGACCACUGGAAACAAAAACUCCCCAAGAGAAAGACAGUAGGAAGAAAGGAAUUUCCAGGACAACAUUAUAUAGUGGACGUGGAGGACAACCAGACCAGAAAAUGAUGUCCCAAGAGAUAGAUAUGUUGAGGGUUGUCACCACCAAGAUCCCUGCUGGUAUUGUAUCUUCUUUUACCAGAGGGCUGAAUGUUUGGAUAAGCCCAGAUUCUUAUCUGUGCACAUUUGCCUUGACCAUGUGCUAAUGAAGUCCUGAUGCUCUUACCUUCGUUCCCGCACCUGCUUCAUCUUGAGUACUUUUACUUCAUCCCUAAAUGUAUUCUGCUUUGCCUUACACCUGAGGGCUGGAGGUGGGUCCAGGUGAUCUUAGGAGAAAACACAAAGCAGCCCACCGCUUCUGACUACAUUCCUGCUGGAGGUCUAGUAUUUGGCCCAUAUUUUAGCUCAGUGUGGUAACCACCUGUGGUUAGCCCUCUAUAUCCCAAGACCCAUUCUUGCUCAUGACUCCUCUAGGAGAGCUUUUAAACUCUUUGGGAAGCUGAAGCUCGACAUACCAGAGCCUUGGCUAGGAUUAUUUUCUUUUGGGAGCUUUCAUCUGAAAGAGGCAAUAUCACAUUUUCUUACCUAGCAGGUUAUUGUUUGCUAUUUGGUUUUUAUAUUAACCACCUUUCUCACUCAUAUAUAUGCCAACAAUUGUUAAUAAAAUAAAACAUCUGAGAAAAAAUACACAAGAACAAAAAAUAAGGAUGAGAGAAUAUAACCUUAGAAUGCCAAGACAAAGACAAAAUGAAAGAAUCAUGAAUCAUAUUUAAAAUA